AUGCCCCCCAAACAGUCCAGGAAACAGCGGGAGCCACAGCAGCGAGACUGGCCUGUGUCCCACGCCCCCGUAGCCCAGCCUUCGCCCAGCAGCUCCUCGGAGACGAUGCUGGACGUGAACCCGUACGUACGCUACCCACUGCUGCUAGUCAACAUGGCGCUCUGUUUCCUGGGGUCUGGCGCCGCUGUGCUCGGAGCCCUUACCAUCGUCGAGAGCUGGAACUCGAACGGCGACCUGGUCAUCCUCAAGAAGCACAGACUCCAGGGGCUGACGUGGCCGGUGCUCGAGGUCGCCAUCACCGUGGUCGGGACCGUCCUGGCCCUAGCCUCCUGCUGCGGCUGCGUCGGGGCGCUGCGGGAGAACAGCUUCCUGCUCAAGCUGUACUCGUGGUUCCUGGAACUGCUCGUGGCCGGCUGCAUUCUGGUCGGCAUGUUCGUCAUGCUCAUGCCCGGUCAGCUGCUGAAUAUCGUCCGGAGCACUCUCUCGGAGUCCUUGGUCGUUCACUACAGGGACAGCGCAGACACGAGCGCGUUCGUGGACGCUGUGCAGCGACAUCUGCAGUGCUGCGGCAUGAGCCACCAGAACUAUCGCGACUGGAACAAGAACUUCUACUUCAACUGCAGCACGGCGAACCCGGGCUUCGAGCGGUGCUCGGUGCCAUACUCGUGCUGCAAGAACGCCUCGAGCAGCCGGCUGGUGAGCGUCUUCUGCGGGCGCAACGUCCUCAACAUGACUGAAUCGGACGCCUGGUACCUGGUGCAUCGGACUAACUGCCCGGACUCGGCGCGCAACUUCAUCAAGCAGCAUGUCAUGAUCGCCGCAGGGGUGUGCCUCGCGCUCGUCGUGGUGCUCGCCUUCGCCGACCUCGUCACCAACGCCAUCAUCGACGAGAUUAAGGCCAUUCGCCGGUUCUAUAACCAGCCCUAA